CACAGCCCUUCCCCUAAAACUAAGAUUCUAGUCCUUGUGGUUCUGAGUUAAACAGGACAACAGGAAGCUACUUUAAUCUGAAGUAGACACUUGGUCUAUCAAGUCUAGUAUUGCCUCUAAGCUGACUGGUAGCAGCUCUUUGGGAUUUCAAAUGAGGGGGUCUCUCCUUGCAGUACAGUGGUACCUCGGGUUACAGACGCUUCAGGGUACAGAUGCUUCAGGUUACAGACUCUGCUAACCCAGAAAUAGUACCUCGAGUUAAGAACUUUUCUUCAGGAUGAGAACAGAAAUGGGGUGGCGGCAGCGGGAGGCCCCAUUAGCUAAAGUGGUACCUCAGGUUAAGAACAGUUUUGGGUUAAGAACAAACCUCCAGAAUGAAUUAAGUUCUUAACCCGAGGUACCACUGUACCGGGAAAUUUGAGGGAUUGAGCCUGGGUCGUUCUGCAUGCAAAACAGAUGCUCCACAUCUGCACUAUGGGCUGUCCCCAACUGCACGUUCUUUUAUUGAGAAGCACUGCCUAUUUUGUAGGGAGUGGAGAUGGGAGUUGGGAAGAGACAUUAUUUACUUAUUUUGAGUCUUUCUCCUGCACCACCAAGUGGGUCUCUGCAACAAAGAGAUCAGCUGCAACAUGAUGAAAUGAUAAAACAGCAACCGGUUUGCUUGUGGGUUUUUUUUUGGUGUGGUGUUUUUUUUAAACCCUAAAGUCAAACACAUUCUUUAAACAGAUUUGCAUUAGGGUGUAUUCAUCACCUCCCCCAACUCCUUUGUACUGUAUUAUGAAAUGGUCUGGUGAUAAUUUCAUAAUAGGCGGCGAAUGUUCUCCCUUCCUCUUUUAUUUAUCUGUUAGCAGUUGCUUUGAAACCUGAUCCUUAAUAAGGAAUCAUGGUUGGACUUGAGGUUGGGGAGGGGGCAGAGAGAGGAGGAGGAGGAGGAAAAUGCCUCUGUUUUUCUUUCCUCCCCCCCCCCUCCAGUUGUGGUUUUGGUGGUAGUGGGUUGCUGUCUCAUGAGCACCCAGGGCGUGUCUCCCUACGUCAGCCGAUGACUCAGUUUUUGCCUGCCAGGCUCCAGCCUUAUAAAAGAGCACAGCAGCAGCCAGCAAACCAGCAGCAACAGCAGCUCAGGCAACAAGAAGGAGCAGAGAGGAACCACCUGGAGUCGGAAUCACAACCCCUGAGAGAAGCAAGACUCCACCUGACUCGGGACGGCUAUGAAGAUGCUGGUCCUUUUCCUGGCCUCUUGGCUAGUCCUGGCGCAAUCCGCCACUCUUGCGCCCGAAGGUAAGCCUACUCGAGAACCCAUCACUAACUAUGACAAGUUGGGACCUUGCUUGCUUACUUGUUUCCUGACCUCCCUGUCCCUGUUGCAAACUAGGGUAGAUGUGUGCAGGGCAAGGUGACAGCUGCCGAGCGAGGUUGGCACUUCCCUCACACCCUCCGUGCUGCCUGUUAGCCUGGAACAACUGGUGCAUUAGACUGCAUACGCACCAUACCUUUAAAGCACAUUUAUUCCUCUAUUAGCACCCUCAUGCAUAAAGACAAUUGUGGGAAAUGUGGUUUGCCCCCUUACAGGCCCACAAUUCCAAGCACCCUUGAGAAACUACAGUUCCCAGGAGUUGUGGGUGGGGAGAGCCAUGUGCUUUAAAUGUAUGGCAUGUACACAGCCUUAUGUGUGUUAGUGCCACGCUCCUAUAAAGCGGGGAGUGGACAUUUUAAAUUUCUGGAUCCUUCCCUGCUUGUGCAAGUCUUCUCUGAAACUGCCUAUUCUCCCCCACCUUCCAGCUGUUUCAGAGAGAGUACCUUAAUUGUCACUGCAGGGAAAAACCGCUGGCUGCAUAGGCACCACACAUUUCAGGCACCCCCCCACCCCGAGGAAACUGUAGUUUGUUUAGGGUUCUGGGGAUUGUUGCUUUGUGAGUUGGCAAACUACACUUCACAGGAUUAUUAGUGGUUUGUGUGCUUUAAAUGUAGGGUGUAUGAAUACACAGGCAAGAGAACUUUCAGCAUACUGUACACAUACACAAACACACACACACACCAGCCCCUUUUGUGUUUUAUAGAAGCUAACCCCUGUUAUCUCCUUCAGAAUCCCUGAACGUUGUUGAGAUGUAAAUCAAAUAUUGAGCCAUUCUGAGGCCUGCAAUCUCCCUCAGUUUUCUCAAAGGUUUGGGUCUCCCUACCUUUUGAAAUUUCAAGACAGCUCUCAUUUUAUUCUCUGAGCACAGAUCCAGAAGCUAUUCACAGCCUCUACUUUAUCUUUUUAUGUUUAUUUGUGUAGCUGGGUGCUCCCAAAUCAAUCAACAUUGUUCCUCUCUUUCCUUAAUCGUGUUUCAGAACUGCUGUUGUCUGCUGUUGUUCAGCUCAGGCUGAAUAAGGCUUCAAAACAACACAUCUAUCAUCAGUCUUGUGAUUUGGAACUGAAAACCAAUUAUUUACACACUUGUUGAUCCUCUAAGUAUUUGAUAUUUUUUUUCAAGGCCUCCAGGCAAAAAACCCCGAACACUCUAGGCAUUGUGAAAUCUAGCACAACUGGGCGAUAAAUCAUGAUUUUCAGUAGCUUUAACUGGAAAAAAAUGUGACACAGGCUUUGGAUCUGAAAAAUCUCCUGAUUAACCUUGUGAAAUCUGUCGUCUUAUUUGGUGUUGGUUUUUUCCAGCCAAAUUGUGUUGCAAUGUUUUAAAAUUUAAACAAUUCCUUCCCUCUGCAAAAAAAAAAAAAAAAAAGAGGGGAAAAAGAAGUAGUAGUAUCAGAUAAAAGAACAACUCUGGAUUGAAGGGACACAUGCCAUAACAUAAUAGAUUGUAAAGAAUAGUCCUGUACUGCUGUGUACAAGAUGUUGUGUGUAUCUUGAGUUACAGAGAAAAUAUAGCCCUCCCAAAAUGCAUGUGUGUGUCCCAACCAAAAAUUUAAAACCCAGAACCCAAAACAGUGCCUCACAAUAACCCUUUCUGAUAGGCCACUACAGAUGUUCCCAUUUUACAUAUGAGGAAAACUGAGGCUGAGGCAUUGGAUAAUCUGUCCCAUGGCAGAGCCAAGCCCUGGGAUCCAGGCCUCUGAGGUCUCCAAGCUUAGUUCUCUGUCUAGUGGAGCACAGUGGCUCUGAUUUCCCAGCAUGCACUGUGUGUUCCCCUGAACCUCAAAGUAAACAAAGGGAGUGCAGAAGCUGGUUGUUCGUUUUGGAAGGUCUGUUGUUUCUUGGCGAUUGCUUGGAGGACAAGCUGGCUUGCGGGGAAGGAAGGAAGUGAAGUUUCUGCUAUUUAUCACCUGGAAUGUUCGAAAGCAUCAGUGUGGUCAGGCCCCUUGCACAGCAUAAACAAUUAGCUACAGAGACCUUUUCAACAGUAGCAUCCUUGGGAGCAGCGCAGGUCUAUCACGGUCUACUGGGUGAUUUGCAGUAGUUCAGCAAGAGCUCCUGAUCCGCAACAAGAAUGACCCAAACACCAACACCCCCUGUUAGAUGCUGAAAAAGAACGCUCAGUGGUAGGGUGACCAGAAGUGGAAUUUUGAAAGGAAGGACUUCUUAUCUUGAUUCUAGUACUGACCAUCUGGUCUCAGUACAUGCCCAGAGACACCCUUGUUCCUUAAUUCUUAGCAUAUGUCCACUAGGCUCAGUCUCUAUUGUGCACCUGUCUCUUGUUGUUGAACUUCAGGUUUUUUAGUACAAACAAAAACCACACACCAUAAAGUAGAUCCUACAAACCUGAAGUCUGUCUAUACCAAACCUAGAACCCCCUUCCUUGAUGUGAGGGUAUGAUGGUGCAACCAGCCUGCCAUCUUUUUGCCGUGAGGAGCAACCAGCAGGGAUUUUGGCUGUGCAAACUGUACAAAAGCGCUGCACUGGCUGUGAGAGUAAACUGUUAUUUGUUUUGAAAAGGGGUGUACGUGUUAAGAACGCACAUGUCAGGUGCAGCCCAAGACCUUGUGGUGGGUGGCUUCCUCUAGAUCUCAUUCCCUCGGCACGCAUGAUACAAUAUUUACCUUCCCUAAGCAGGGAGUGGAUUUUGAGGCCAUUAUUUGCAGAGACCUUAAAGCGACUCUUGAUUCCAGAGGACUUUUCCCUGCCCUAAUGGCAACGUCACCCUGCAAGACCAGAAGAAUAAGCUGGCUUUUCUCGUUCUGUUCGUAAGCCAACUAGACUCGUCAUACAUGCAUUUAAAGUACUUCACUCCCCACAAAGAAUCUUGGGAACUGUAGUUUGUUAAGGGUGCUGGGAAUUAUAGUUCUGUGUUGAGGUAAACUACAGUUUCCAGGAUUCUUGGGGGGGGGGGGAGUAUGCUUAAAAUGUAUGGUGUGUAUGCAGCAAUCUUCUCCUUCCUCCCUGGUUACUAUUGACACCCUACACAAUGUGAUACUGUGUUUAUGGAAGACGAUCUUACUUGACUACGAGUGAUCUCCAAAGAAGAAGAUUACAUGGGAGGACACACAUUUGCCAGAGACUUGCGAUGAAAUGUUGAAUGUGGUGAUGUCAUAUAGCACAUAUCGCUGGUCACUUAGAUGAGGGGUAGAGAAGCAUCUGUGUGGCCUGCCAGAUGUGGAGCUGAAGAACUCAACAGGGGCCAUUUCUCUCUCUCCGCCCCCCCCAAUUGCUGCACCUGUAGAAUCUCUGCCUGUCUAGUACCUGUUUUUGAAGCUGCAGGAGCCAUGCUGCAAAAUAAUGGGUAGAAACCUUCACAGGAAGUCAAGGACAAAAUAUGUACGAGACAGAUAAGGUAGUCAGGCUGAGUCUGCCCAGGAAACUGGCCCCAUGGAGCGAGCCAGACUUCCAUCAUUGCCGCAAGUGUUAAUUAGCGGGUGGCAGAGUAUAUUGACUUCCUCUUCUUUUGGAAUUGAUUGUGCUUACUCAUCCAUGAGAACUGUGCUUGUAAUUGACAAGAGGAAGUUGAUUAACCAGGCUGAUUAACCAUAGCAAGAAAGACUUGGUUCUGGCAACACAUGGCUGGCCUUCCAGCCCGUAAAAGCAAUUUUGCUGGAGCUAGCGAUGUGUGCUAAAUCAUUUUUAUAUUCUGAUUUCCAAAUCUACUUAAAAAAAAUAAAUUCUGUCCCACACAAUGAGGCCCCUGGGCAAAACAAUUUAAAAUAUUGGGGUUGUGUGUUCAGUGUUAAUCCUGCUCGGAGUAAACCCAUUGAAAUCCUCCACUGCUCACGAGGAAACUCGGGGCCAACACCUCCUUGCCGCUGUCUACCUGCCACCAGAGGCAGCCACGUCUAAUAGUAGGACCGGCCCCAAUCAAAGUCUCCCUUCUGUUUGAGCUCUGCCCCAAACAAAUCUGGGCAGAGUGGCCACAUGGCUUAAGUCAAAUAUUAAGGAAGUCACGUUCUUGUGCUAUGGUUACUUGUUUUAAUUAGGCCUUGAUGCCCUGGGGGCCAAGUCCUGAAUUCCCCAAGUACAGGGUACAAUUAUUGUUUUGGUAUUCGUGCAGCUUCCUGAUCAACACACCACUUCCACUCUGGAGUUGCAGUUCAGCGUACCUGCUACUGAGCCAUGGCACUCCCCCUUUAAAAUAAAGUAAGGCUCCAGUCCUCAUGGUUCAGAAAAAAGAUAGGAAGGAAAAAAGAUAGGAAGCUGUCUAUGCCAAGUCACAACAUUGGUCCAUCUAGCUCAGUAUUGUUUACAAAUGCCUGACAGAGGCUUUCCAGCGUUUCAGGCAGGGGGAAUUCCCAGCCCUACCUAGAGAUGUCAGGAAUUGAACUUGGGAACUUCUGCAUGCCAAGCAGGUGCUCUGCCCCAUAACUAUUGCUUUUUGCCAAACUUUCUUUCGUCCUUGCAAACCAAGACUAUAUGCUCUUUGGACAAAUUGAGAAGCCCCAGUAAAAUAAGGGGGGAAAUUUGUGAUGCUGGAUCUAGUUUGACUUUGCUGAUAUAGGUCCUGGCAACCCCAUGAUUGUUAGAUGGAAGCAUGUUUUCAACUGAAACUGUUUUUUAUUUUUUUUUACAAUGUUCUGUUUUACAAUUUUUUUUGCUUUGUUUUUAAAUUGUGUGUCUGUUUGCCACCCUGGAAUCCUUAGAGAUGAAAGGGAGGGGUAUCAAUUCAGUAAAUAAUGUUGUUGUUGUUGCUUUAAAUAAAUUUUCUAAUCCCUCCUUCCCAAUUCUCUCUUUUAGUUAUUGAACUUGGGAAGCCAAUUCUCCAAGAGGAAAUCCCUCCGGCUGGGAUCCCACGGCAGGUUCUGCUUCAGAGGACACUAGAUAAUGAUGAACUGGGAGGUGAGGGUUCAAGGUUCUCCAUUCUAAUUACAAUCCAUGCUGGGGACUGGGGCCAGGAAAGGGUUAUUCAAAAACCCUUGGGCUGGUCAAGAAGAGAGAAUUGUACAGGAACAGACUGAUGUAUUUGUUUUGAAUAGGUCAUACCAACCUGGGGUAGCUCAGUCAGUAGAGCCUGAGACUCCUAAUUUCAGGGUUUGAGCCUCGUGAUUCCUUCCAACUCUACAAUUCUACGAAUCUACUAUGUCUAUCUUAUUGUUUUGUAAGUCUGAAGGGAAAUGUAUUGCCACACAGCGACCCAAAUAAUGACUGCUGAUGUCUCGGAAAUUCUCAAACACCUGUAUUAUCUGUACAUGGCACCUGAUAACGAAAUCUCCCAUAGAGUAAGAAAGAACAUUCAUAGACUUAUACAUCCCCUGCCUCCAAGAUAAUAAAAGAAAAAAAUAGAAAUAUUUUAAGGUUUAGUUUCAAAACGGGCACUUCCCAGCUAAUGCAUGUGAGGUGUGAGUGUGCCUUGUUUGAUUUCCAUCCCUCUCCUCUUCCCCAGAGUUUGAUCUCCCGCUGCUAGUCAAUGGAGAGCCCCAGACACGGUUAUCCUCUCCCCUCAGCCCAAGGGGCAGGAGGCCCAGCUGCAGCAGUGCCUUCGGGUGCACCCGGCUGCCCCCUCGCUUCAGACUGGACGAAUUCCCACCUGCCCAACCUAACAUCAGUAAUAUUGGCAACAUCUGCAAUGAAGGGAGGAGGAAGCUCUCCUACGGGCCCUGGAAUGUGCCCCAGACGGGUUUCGGUCACCUCAGUCGCCAGGGAGAUGCCCUCAACAACAUGGAGUCCGGGGUGGGCCAGUGCUGCAAGCUGCCCGACAGCGAGAAACUCCCUUGCUGCCAGAGUGUGGUGAGUUGCUACCGUUGUUGUUCCUGGUCUGACAAAUAUGGCACUGCUGUGAUAACGGGUGCACUUUUCAUUAAAGGGCAGGAGCUGCAACUCCUAAGACUCAUUAUGUUCCUAGCCCCUCUUUGGAAAACUGGUUUUGAGCUUGAAUUCUUUCCACCAUUUAUUUAUAUUUUUGGGAAAGUCUAAAAACCCUUUCUUCUACUCUUUGUCAGUGUUGAAAUCACCCUACUGAGAAUUUUGGUGGAAACUUUUUAAAAGGGACUGUUGGUUCGGUCCCAGUCUCUGAAGGCCGACAGUUUGCAGCCCAGAUCUGUAAAUCUUACGUGUCUAUCAGGGUUGGGAAACAUCUGUGGCCCUCCAGUUGUUGCCCGAAUCCAGCUCCCACCAUCAUCCAGCCAUGCUGAAUAAGGGCUGAUUGGAGUUGCAGUCCGACUGUUGGUCUGACAAAUACGGCAACUGCUGUAAUACGGGGGCCUUGUGGGGGCAGGGGCUGCUGCUCUUAGGCAUAUUUUUGUUGUUGUUUAGUCGUCUAGUCGUGUCCAACUCUUUAUCUCUCCUUGGAAAGACCGGUUUUGAGCUUGAAUUCUUUCCACCGGUUUUUUAAAAAGGCAGGAAGAGUCUUUCAUGCAUGGAUUUUGUGGGUGCUGAACAUGCCCUACAGAGCAUUUUGGUCAAAACCCUUUAAAAAAGGGAUAGUUGGCUCAAUCCCAGUCUCUAAGGUCUGAUCAUUCUCACCCCAAAUUUGUUAAUCUUAUGCUCUUAUCAGGGUUGAGACCGUCUGUGGCCAAGCCAUUGUUUUUCCUCAUGCAGUAAGAGGAACGCAGAGAGGUAUUCUAUUCUGUAAAAGGUGACUUCUAUACAACUGAGAUCUGAUGAGAUUUUGUCUGGGCUGUGUGUAUGUAGUAUAGCAUACCCCUCAGUGUUGGUUGUGACAUGCUCAGAUACUGCACUGGUUGUGAAGACCAACUAUGCCUUUGAAUGAUGCAUCCUCAGCUUUUCAAAGGUUGGAGCAUAAAACCGAGCCUCUGUGGGACUCUAGUGGGACUCCUUUCAAAGGGCGUUUGGGGGCCCACACAACUUUGCACAGAUUUGGUCUCUCAAGGUUGGCUUUUGAAGCUGCUUCUCCUCUCCCUCCAGAUGUGUUGGUAGGGCAUGCUGUGGUUGAGGCAAAGUCACUCUUUACACCAUGGGUUAGCAAACUAAGGCCCGUGGGCCGGAUCAGGCCCAAUUGCCUUCUGGAUCCAGCCCGUGGACGGUCUGGGAAUUGCCACAUGGGUCGCCAGUGCGCGCGUUCUUUCCCUCUCCCUCACAUGGCGGCAGUGGCAGCCACUCCUCCCUCCCCCCUCCUGGCUUCUCCCCGCCCUGCCUAGAGGAGGAAGGGGGCUGGGCUUUGUUAGUGCCAGCAGCUGCAGCAGCGCUUGAGAGGCCGCCAUUUUAAGCAGCCAUUCUCCUGAGCCCUUUCGCGUGCCGCUCAUCAUCCCACCGCCACCAGCCCCUGCCGCUCUCAAGACACAGGUAAGCAGCUACCGGGGCUCGUGGUGCUCUUGCAUCAUUUCCCCCCAAAAAAUAUAGUCUGGCCCCCCACAAGGUCUGAGAGACAGUGGACCGGCCCCCUGCUGAAAGAUUUCUGACCCCUGCUUUACACAGCCAAAAUCUGUCCUCUUCUCAGUCUGCUGCCGCCUUGCACAUCCCAGGACAGACAGACAGACAUGUGGUAUCAAAAGCAGACUCUUGAGUUUGGGCCCAGAUGAUAAAAACUCUGGUUAGCCAUCUGAUUGACCCGUUCAUCUCUCCCCACCCUGCUCCAGUGGUCAGAUGUUCUGGAGCAGUUCUGCGACGUGGAAUUCUCGAUAAAGACCAGACCUUACCACUGCUGCAUGCUGGAAGGUGCCAGCCGGGAUCGCUGCUUUGACGAGGAUUCCCUUUUCCCGAAUUAUGACUUCAAGAGCUCUGAUGGUCAAGGUCCAUCACAGCCGGUCACCUGCAGCAAUCCUUCCGGGUGCAAACCCUCGGAGCAGGUCAACCCACUGAAGCUUCUCGAGGUCACCUUUCCUCCUGGAGAGCCCACCAGCGCCAACAUCAAAAAUAUUUGCAAGCUGCGUAAAUUCCGGCCCACCUACCUGGCCAGCGUCUUCCCAAAGUCACAUUUUGGCUGGUUGGUGCGCCGAGCUCAGGCUGUGAACCGCUUGGAAAAUGAGUUUAAGAAAUGUUGCCGAAAGGAGGAUGCCGGCUGUGCCCGCAAAGGGGUGAGUGAGUGAGUGAGUGAGUGAGUCAGGAGGGACUCCGGGAAUCUCCUGCUUGGGUCUUUUCCCAGCAUCCCUUUCUCUCCCAGCAUGCCAUGCUUUAUGGUCUGUUUCAAACACAAGCUGCCUCUCCCAUGCAGCCAAAGUAUCUGAGCAGUUCACAAUGAAGGACUUGUCCUUGAUUUGGGGGUAACACCCAGUGUGGCAUUUUGGAAUUUUGCAGUCCUGCAGGCUAACCGUUGGGAAGUUUGUCGCUUCUUCCAACCAAGGAACGGGUACACAGAUGUGUAAAUUGUGCAUAUAAUGGUCUAUAUUAGCAAAUGCAAAAAUGCUUUGUAUUGGGGAAAUUGCAAACACAUACGUAGCAUACAAAAAUGUACAUAUUAGGAAGAAACUGAAAAGUGCUGGCGAAUGUUCAUGAGGACUGUAGAGAACUGAACUUAAGAUUUCUUGAAGGAGCUGCAAGAAACUGAUCGGUUUUUGCUCAUCCCUAGAGGCUGUCCCUCCCUCAUGACUUUCCCCUGUUUUGCUUUCCUUUCCAGUGGGAAAAGGUUCUGACCCAGUACUGCAAACAGGAGUUCUCUGUGAAGACCAGGCCACACUUCUGCUGUAAAGUCCCUGCAGGGGAGGCCCGUUAUGGUUGCUUUGCCAAUUUGGCUCCAUACCCCGCCUACGACCAGGAAAUUCAACAGGUCAACCUCGGUCAGGUCACCCCAGACCUCCUGGACUCGCUCUGUGGCCAAUUCACACUUCUCACCAAGCAGUAAGUAUGGUUAUUUAUUCCGUUUCAGUUACUUACCUGCCCUUCCCCUUCAGGUCCCGGGUCGAGCUACAGCAAUUUAAAGUUCAGUAUCACAAACUGUUUCCAACAAGUGGCAGCCACAGGAAAAGGGUGGCUCUUGUAAAGAUAUAUACAGUGGUACCUCAGGUUACAUAAGCUUCAGGUUACAGACUCCACUAACCCAGAAAUAGUGCUUCAGGUUAAGAGCUUUGCUUCAGGACGAGAACAGAAAUUGGGCUCCGGUGGCGCGUCAGCAGCAGGAAGCCCCAUUAGCUAAAGUGGUGCUUCAGAUUAAGAACAGUUUCAGGUUAAGUACAGACCUCCGGAACGAAUUAAGUACUUAACCUGAGGUACCACUGUAUCAGGUAUCAAAGACCAGGUUUGAAAGGUGCAUCUUCUUCCAAUACAUGGCAGAAACUGCAUAAUGUUGGUGUUGGACGCAGCUCUGUGGGGAGGGAAUUCCUUGACUUAGGGGCUGUCACACAGAACUCCCCAACUUCUGAGGGCAGUGGAAUAUCAAGAGGGCUUCAGGUUUCUGCUGGGCUGUCGAGAAGUAGAUUGCAGGGGAGGUUGGAGAAGUUUGGUUUUCUGAUUUGUGCCAUGCACUUCUCCGGCUAGAAAAAGUGUGUUUAAGAAUUCCUAUACUGGAGGCGGGUGGGGUGGGAGUGUGAAAAGGGCAUCUGUCAGUAGCAAGUGGUAUAAAGAUGCAAUGACUGUUAUUCCAACUGGGCAGAAUAUAGAUUGCAGAGAUUGCAGCCACCCCUGGUAUCAACAAUUUGCUUGCAGGCAGCAAACAAGCCUUCUGUGUAUCUUUAAAAAAGUUAAACUGUGCUGUUCAGAAAUAAUUAAUUUAAGGAAGGCUGGAUAAUUAAUUCAGACCUAGGGUUGUUGCUCCCCCUUGUGGCUGAAACCCAAAGUGAUUUCUCUCUUCUCCUCCCCCUUACCCAAACCAUUCUCAGUCUACAGUUCAAGAUCCUCCUCCUCCAGUCUACGUAGUCUUAUUAGCUGAAGACAGGAAGGAAUGGGAGAUAAAUUUUAAGGAAUGUUAGAAGGAUGUUGGAAUGAAGUAAUGUGGUUUUAGCAGAAAUGCUAUAAAGGAUUAAGAAAAAACAGAUUGUUAAAUGGUGAAAGGAGGGAAAGUAAAGUUACAUUAUAUGAAGAUAAAAUAUAGGACAAAAACUGGAAAAGAUAGAAAGGACUUGCUGAAAUAGCUAACUGAACUAGAAUACAAAAAAGGGAGGUGUGAGGAGGUCAAGGAAACAAGCAAAUGAAAGAUAAGUUAUGGAAAGGUUCAUUGUAUUUUUUUUUCCUAACUUUUUAUUUUUCUAGUUUUUUUCCCUCCUUAUUGUGAUGUGAUGUUUUGUUUUUGCUUAAUAUGCUGUUUUCUAUUUUCUCUUUUUGUAACCUUUUAAAUCUUAAUAAAUAUUAUUUAAAAAAAAAAAGGAAUGGGAGAGAAAUUCACUCCUGUUUGCUUUUUCAAAUAAGCCCAAUUUGCACUUCCAGGAAUGAUAUGUGAAUUGAACCACGGCCAAGAUUCGUGCUUCUUCAAAUUUUGCAAUGUGUAGAAAAUUGCAAAUAUUUUGUUGACGUAUGCUAAUAAAAUCCCAUAUUUUAGUGAAUGUAACAUACAGGUGUGCAUUAUACUAGAGGAAAUUGCUUUGCAAAGAUGUGCAUGUUAGGACAAAUUCACACUGAAAUUCUGAUGAACAUUCGUGAGGACAUUAAAGGAAAAAAUAUUUGCAAGCUGAUGUGGAAACAUGGUGAACUGAACUUAUGGUUUGAAAAAUUAGAAACUGAGGGAAACUGAAAUUUGAUAGAGUUGCCAGUCUCUAAAUACAGAUAAUAGAAAAUUUCGAGGAAUUUGCCAUCUGAAAUGGUUGACGUGUCGAUCAAGACUUAUGUGUGGCAUAAAUGUUUAACUGUCCUUGCCCAACUGCAGGGCAUUUUCCAUUAGUAUAUUUUUAUAACCACAACCCCCCCAACUUUUUCAUAUUGUUCUCCAGGAAAAACAUCCCUGCUUUGGUCCAGAACAUCACAGAACCCUGUUGCAAGUUGCAGGGCAGUGAGAGGACACAGUGUGCUGAGGAUGUGGUGAGUAAUCGGUUGGAGGAAGCAGCUAUUCAUCUGUAAAGAACAAGGCAAGGGUUGUGGGGGGGGGUUGUUGACAAGGAUCUUGAUUUAGGAGCAGCCUAGUAUGAGCUGAGUAGGAGGGGUUCCGCUUUUAACUUGCGUUUCAACCCUCCUUCCUCUGCCUAUAAAUGAGGGAUGGGGACCUGUGACCCUCCAGGUGGUGAUGGGUGUCAAUGAUGUCCCACCGUUUCAGAAAAGAGAGUAACACUGACAUCCUUGAUCCUUUAACGUGAUGUGGUUAUUUCUCCUCCCUGCAGAAAUCCCAGUUCAUUGUGGCACUCUGCAGCUCCCAGAAGAAAACGUGGAAAGACCCCAAGAAAUGUUGUUCCCAGUUGGAGGGCGAGGCCCGGAGCAACUGCUUCAACGUCAACUACCUGAACAACGUGUCUCUCGCCAGUUCCGUGCAGAUCACCCACCCAACGGUGCCGUCCGUGUGAAUCAGAAACAGACUCGCCCCCUACUGCUGAAAUGCGCCUCUUCCCUUCCUCUGUCCUCUCCUCUCUCUGGCUGGUUCCAGUUCCAUGCUUCCGGGAAGUGGGUUAGCUGCUUCCCUGACCUACAGACUAUCAACUAUCUAAGACGCUGCUCCCUCCCCAAGACAAAGCAGAGUGGGGGGUGGGGAGCAAAAAGCAAUCUGCACACACUGACCUCUCAUAAGGGGGCCUCUGGAAGCCCUCACUGGUAUGCACGUUAAAUUCUAGGCAGUCGUGACCCAAGUAAAACAUCUCAGUCCUUUUUUUUUAAAGAAAAAGUUCUGUCUGAUUUUUGUCUUCCGUCACCAAAGUGCUAAAAGGCGUUUUGAUUCAAAAGGGGAAUUUGGGAGAAAGCAGAGAGAGGAUUUCUCUUGCUAGGGAGUGCCUCCUCCUCCUCCCCCACCACCAUAUUGGCCAGCUGGCAAAGUUUAAUUCAUUCCCUUCAAACCAGAUACCUCCAGAUCUUCGUGAGAUAUCUGGAGGGUCUUUGUCAUCAUCGUUAUUUGGAGCUUUGCCUUCUGUUCCACAGAGUCUGCUUUUGGAUUUGUGCAAAACUUAAGUUGAUCAGGAUGGUCUCCAAUUAGGUAGAUGGGUGCCAGUGCUUUUGUUUUUUUAGUGAAGAAAGCGGAACAGGAGCACAGGGCCUGAAGGACUGGAGAAGGGGAACUUCUAUUUCUGAGUAGCUUUUCUGCUGAUCUUAGGCAGGUACAGCCCUACCAACAAGGCUCUAGCAAUCAGGAAUGAUGGUGGCGACGGUGGAUAAAAUAACAAGGGAAGAGUUGGUGUGGUGUAAUGGUUAUUGAAACAUGCCCAGAAAACACACUAGCCCAGAAGGAAACACUGUACAGGGGAGUUUGUGGGUUACUCUGCCAAGUCACACCAUUGCAUCUCGAUCUUUGUUUCCCAGCUGUAACUGAGCUCACAGAACAUGUUUUCAUAUCGUAGUGAAGUGCUUGUACGGAUGGAUAUCUGCCCAAGGCAAAGGGCUCUAAUAAACCACUUUUUAGAUGAAUC